ACCGCUGGAGCUGAUUAUGGGCGACAGGGGGCUUUUGCCUGGGCUGGGCUGUCCGCUGGAACUGCUCUUACGCCUAUCCAUUUAUCACCCAUCCCAACUCUUAGAAUCUAUUCGCCCACAAAAAUCCUCUCCGAACCCAGUAUCAUCCAAGAGACAAAGAAUCAAACGUGGGCUCAUCAGCUAUAGCACUCUCCCGAUUGCUCAUCUGCUGUCGGCGGUCACGUACUGUUGUGUAGCAGCGACGUCGUCUGUCAGGCAACAUGUUCCAUAAGAACUAAUUCAUGUGGCAGGGUGUUCUGCAAUGGACUGCAUCCAAGAAGAGAUUAAGACGGUAACUUUGGACUCCACAACCAAGGGGAUUGAGGGUUCAUCUGUUAAGAUAAAGGUGAUGUUCUUUGCCAGAGCUCGGGACCUUACUGGCUUGAGUGAGAUGCCAUUGGAGGUGUCGACUGGCAGCAGUGCCGAUGAUUGUUUAAAUAAGCUCAUCGCCAUGUUUCCCGGCCUGACAGAGCUCCGCGGGUGCAUGGUUCUUGCUCUCAAUGAGGAGUACACAACUGAGUCAGCAAUUGUUAAAGACAAGGAUGAGUUGGCCAUAAUACCUCCGAUCAGUGGUGGCUAAAAUGUAGUCUAAACCCUGGAUACUCAUAGAAAGUUGUUAUGUUAGCUUUUGUUGAGCAACUGGAGACUGAUAGAGCAGAUGCAUUUGCUAAAGCUGCAGUUGUGCAGAAAGCUCAUUCCAUUCAUUUACUUGCCUCCACUAUUUGUGAAUAUAGUUUUCUAUUUCUACCCUUUUUGGAUAAGUAAAAAUAAAUGUUACACAUGCCAGAGAUUUGAAGAUUCAUGUUUUAUGAGUAUGGCAGAGAAAUUGUGAAUUU